GCCACUUCGUUCAGUUGUACAAACUUUUUUGGCAUUCAGAGUUGGCGCGCGUGCAAUUGUGAACAGCGUUGCUUGAGUUGAGGAAUAAAAACAGUUAAAUAUAAAUUUAUUGUUAAAAAAAAACAGCAACUUUAAAUUUUUGUUUAAAACCCAUAUUUUAUGAAGCUACAACGUUGGUGUUGUGUAUAAUGUUGGCACAGGAGAUUGCACCGACGGAAAUUGGCAAACACUCAAAUAUUAUAAGAGCUGCCCAGGAGGAGUUAGCCAACAUGGAUGUUCUUGUUUGUGGUCGCUGUUUGCGCGCCUUUAACUUUGUUGAAGAGUUUCGAUCGCAUAAAGAGGAUGAUGCGUGCGAGAAAGAGAAUUCAAAUUUAAAAGAAUCGCUUGAUACGAAGCCCACAAUCUGGGCAUUUACACUAUGGAAAGCCACACAGUUGCACACACGCAAGGGCAGCAACUCUUCAAAUUCCUGGGCACUCUAUCAGCACUGGGUGAAGCUGGAGGAGAGUGUACGCGAGCCGUGGAUUGUGGCUGGACGGACAAUACAGUCCUUUGGCAAAAUUGGACACGGACAGCUGCAGGAUAUGCCGGUGCGCAUCACCAAAACAGUUGUCAAUCCCAACAAUAAUAAUAACAACAACAGCACUGCAAACAGCAACACAUCAUCCAGUGUCUCACCCACAAGAAAAUCUCCCGCUGGCAAACUGCCAACAGUUGCUUCACAGCUGAAGGACACGGAGAACGAGCGACCCAAAUCCAAGCCGGGAACACCUACACCCACAGGAGUCGCCUCAACGCCAGCGACAACAGUUGGCGCUGCCAAGAAUAACAAUCGGAUUGCCAUACGAGUCGAUCCAAAGACGGAACAACGUUCGGAGGAGGCUGUUGAAAGUAUUGUGGCGAAACGAUUUAAUCCACGGCGGAGAACACACGAGUAUCUGGUGAAGUGGUGCGAUAGAUCGCACAAUGAAAACACUUGGGAAGUGAUGGCCAACUUAGAGCGUGUCCCAUACUUUCUACAAAUCUUUGAGAAGCAACUGGCCCGCCAGAAGCUCAAACGUGAGAAGAGCUUAGACGCCCUCAAGCGUAUGCAGCAGGAAAAGCAGCCAGUGGAUAAAUCCCCAAAUUCGGGAGUUGGUGGCAAAGCGGAUUCAGAACCACUUAGUCCACUAUCUGCAUCGGCUGUUUCGCCAAAUUCAUCGGGCGUUGCAGCCUCUCGUCCAUCGCGUACUUCGAAAACUAAAGCCAUGGAUCAGUUCAAGCAAUGGGUCAACGAAAGCGGUGGCGGUGAGGGCUCCACGUCGCCAUCAUCGGCUAACGAGGAUGAGUCGGCCACGGAGCAGGAUUGGUCGACGGCCGAAACAACGCCAAUGGCAAUUAAACGCAAAUUGAAUCACACGGACUCCAGCGCUGAGGGAUCUGGCCUCAAUGCAUCCAAUGAAUCCAUGGAGAUGGAAGAUCUUGAAGAGGACUUGAUACCAUCGCACACGGUUAAGCGUUUAAAAAACGGCGGAAGCUCCGUGCAGUUGAAUAAGCCCAAAAUCCAAUCAUCGUUGCCAACAACGCCAACACGCAUCAAUGGCAACUCCACAACCUCUGCCCUCAUCGAGAAGGAGCCGAAAAUGGGUGAAAUCAUCUACACGGAUGACAGCACUAGUUCGGGCAUGUUUCGCAAGCCCGAAAUUCCCAACUCUAUACAAGCAAAACGUCAAAGAACCGAGGGUCCAGUGCGGUACUUAUCGCGAUCCGAAAUAACCUGUAACACCAGAGGCAUCUUUCGCAUAGACAGCUCGGAAGCCAGAACAUCUGCAGUCUCCGUGGCGACAGUUCCUCCCGCCAAGCGUAUGGCAGUCGCUCGAGCCUCUGGCAACAGUUCACCCGUGACUGUUGGCCAGCGUCCGCAUGUGUUGCGGACACUUGGACAGGGAGGAGCUCCGUUGGCACGUCGUCCGGUGGGCAGCAGCAGCACGCCCACUUCAGUGCGACAAGUGGCAACACCUGCACGAGCUGGAGCCCAGGCUGGCAGUGGUCGCAUGGUUGUGGCACGCUCCAACACGCCACAGCAGCGGGUGAUGGCAGGUGGCAAGGCUGUAACGCCGGAGCAGAAGAUACUGCAGCUGUCCAAGUCUGGGGAUCUCAAAGUGACGCGCAAGGUGAUGACGCGCGAGGAUCUCUUAGCGCAGCGAGCGGCACAGGUGCGUCAGCAGCGGCAGCAACAUGCACAGGCCUUGCAACAGCAGAAACAACAGCAGGUGCAGAUCCAGAAGGUGCAACAGCUGACACCGCUGCGACAACGCACUGCAAAUGCGGCGGCUGCCAAGGUGCAACCAAUGCAAAUAGAAAUGGAAAUGGAACAGGAAGAGCUGCCACAGCAUCAGGCACAAUUGUGCCCCAUCACUGGCAAACUAAUUGGCCAGGAGGAGACGCAAUUGCAAAUGGAGCAGGAGCAACAACAGGAGCAGCAGCGUGAACAGCUCGAGGCAGCCGCCCAGGAGCUGCUGGGCAGUGAGCAGCAGGUUCUCACCAAUGAGGAUGGCUCAGCGUUGCUUGUGCGCGGCGAGGAUGGCACCGUCUAUCAGGUGGCUGGCAAGAAUGCCGAAGGACAGACCAUUCUGGUUACCCAGGGUCCCGAUGGGGAGCAACAGUUCGCCUAUGUGGCCGCUGCCGAGGGUGAGGAUCAGGAUGUGCUUACCCUGGACAAUGCUGUCGCCGAGGCAGUGGCUGCCGUUGGCCAACAAGGCGAUGCCACAGCCGAUGGGGAGCACAUAUUGGUCAGCAUGACGGAAGAGGAGCUGGCACAACAUCAAGCGGCGGUGUUGCAGCAACAACAGCAACAGGAGGCGGCGCCAGCGGGCAGCACACCGCACACGGCACAGAUUCACAUCACAACCUCGGACAGCGACGGACAGGAGGCACAAAUACCUGCCGAAGUGGUCCAAGCGGAUUUACCAUCGCCGGGUGGAACGCGUCGGGUUGUUUUGUUGCUGCAGGAUGGCACGUUUAUGAUGACUGAAAUGCAGGAGGAUCAGUUCAAGACGCUAAAUAUCCCGACGUAAAUAAACAAAAACAAUAUAUCUAAACUCCUAGGCAUAUGUAUAUGUAGCUUCUAAGCAUUAUUAUGAUAAAGCACGGGCCUUUGUUAUAAGAAAGACGAAUGGAAGUGGAAGUGGAAAAAGGAUAUAAAUUGAUACAAGAAAUCGACUUAAACCAUUUAGGCAUUAACCUCAUCCCGUAGCUGAUCCCAUUAUGCCAAUCAUAUCGCACUCCAAUUGCUCUCAAGUUUAUCUUGUUUUAGUUUUCCCAAUGAUAUUUAUAUUUUUUUCCAAAUAAUGCAAUUAAAAUUCUUACCUCCAUUAAAUGUUAAUCCAAAAAAAAACCAGAUAACUACAAUAAGUGAAUAGUUUGAGAGUAGCGUAAAUAAUAUUCGAUUUUUGGAUCUGUUAUUAAAUAUAUUAAAUAAAAACUAUGCAAAG